CCCGUCCACUACUUCCGAAGAGAAACUAACAAACAAAAAACUGAAAAGAAAUAGCAAGAAAUAAAUUCGAUAUUAGAAUUUCCUCUGUUUUAAUGCUGAAAAAGAAACUAAAAAAUCCUCAAGAUUUUUACAUGUACGAAAAAUUCGGAUCUUCUUUUAUACUCUUUUUUAUAAUUUUUAUGACAAUGUAACAAGUACCUAGUCAUCCCCUAGUGAGUGAGAAUUUGUUUCAAUGGCGGCAAGGGCAAGGCAGUGUCUCCUCCAUGUUCUUGCCAGUCUUUUCUGCUUUGCCCAAUAUAUGCUCUACUAAAUAGGCAUACUUUACACUAAUCUUCGCUUUAAAAUAUGUAUCGCGCUCUUGAAGCGGUGUUUCGCAACGCUCGAACAGUAAAUCCAACGCGACUUCACGUCCCUUGUCUGUCGAACCACCGAUGUUCAACAACGCCGUUUACUCCAGAUAAGGCCACUGCAAGCUCAGAAGAAGAGGAGCUCAAGAGGUUCAAUCCUCUUGAAAUCCAGAUGCUUUCUAGCUCAUUACACGAUCAAGUAUUCCAUGGUAAAAUGGAAAUCUACGAUUCAGAGAUGGUGAAAAAAUGCCAACACCAUUUGGAGGCGCAUAACUUGUGGAACAAGAGUGGAACGGUUCUGCCUGAGGUUGAUUUCGAACUUCCACCUCUGCUUGGUUCAAAUGUCGAUGAGCACUUCAGAAAUAUAGCAGAAGAGCAAAGUAGACCAUACUUUGAAAAAGCUCAGAUUUUAGCAGAUGUGACACUCUCUGCUAUGCCAGAUGAGUGGAGUUACUCUCCAGGGUGGACUAAGUAUGUAUAUACUGAUGAGGGAUUGGUCACUUCACCUGUGGAUGUCCCACAAGAGGAUGCCUUAAUCUUUGAUGUUGAGGUCUGCAUGAAUGAGGGACCGUUUCCUGUGAUUGCGGUGGCUGCCUCUCCUACAGCAUGGUACUGUUGGGUCAGUCCAAGACUUGUCGAAGACAAGAGUUACAAUUGGUUUGUCAGACCAACUCCUAAGUUAUACAUUCCAUUAGAGCUUACAGACAACCAGGACUGGACAACAGCUGAGUGGAGAGAAAGGCUUGUUAUUGGUCAUUCUGUUGGUUUUGACAGAUCUUUCGUAAAGGAGCAAUGUUAUAUAAAGGGACCUAAAACAUAUUUCCUGGACACUCUGAGUCUCCACAUGUGUAUCUCAGGCUUCACAAGUCUUCAGCGUAGCCUUUGGGAAUCAGCUAAUGCUGGACGCAUUGGAAAAGUACCCUGGAUGCUGAUUGGUUCUGGCAACAAACUUGUAAACCUUCACCACUUGUAUUGUGGUGGUGAUGAAUUAGACAAAUCACUGGUGAAAAUAUUUGUUGAUGGAACACUUGAUGAUGUGCGGGAAAACUUUCAGGAUUUGGUAAUGUACUGUGCAAAAGAUACUGCAGCAACUCAGGAAGUAUUUGCGGCCCUGUGGCCUAAAUACCUGGAUAGAUUUCCUCACCCUGUGUCUUUUGCGGGGAUGUUAGAAAUGGGAUCUGCCUAUCUUCCAGUUGAUCGCUCCUGGGAAAACUACAUACGAGAUGCUGAUGACACCUAUGAAGAUCUGGAGAAGGAAAUGAAGUGUUCACUGAUGAAACUAGCUGAUGACACGUGUAACUACCUUCAUGGAAAAAGGUAUGCAGAGGACCCUUGGCUUUGGGACAUGGACUGGUCAGUCCAAGAUGUAAGAACUAAAAAGCCAAAACCUCCAAAAAAGAAAAGGAAAACUAAAGAUGUGCCAAGCAGUGGCAAAGAGAUGGAUGCAGAUGCUUCUUCAACAGAGACAGGCGCAACUAGUAAAGGUGGAUUAAGCACAGACAUUCUUGAAGAUGAGAUGAUUGAUGACAAUAGCAUUGAAGUUGUUGAGGGUUUGAAGAACUCCUCUGACAUCUUAGCAACUAUUCCACCAGCUGUAGAUGUGAUGUACAAGAGACGGCAGAAGUUACCGGGUUAUCCCAAUUGGUACAGAUCUCUAUGUAUGGGACCAUCAGACAAGGAAGAAUGGAAAGAAGGGCCUGUGAACAUUAGCGCACAGUGUCAGGUGGCACCUUCGCUCUUGCGCAUGACAUGGGAUGGCUUCCCGCUGCACUACACCCGUAAACAUGGCUGGGGAUACCUUGUGCCUGGCAGGAUGGACAAUUUGACUGCCAAUCAAAUCAGUUUGCCUCAAAAUGAGGACGACCAAGUGGAAGUAGAGGAACAAGGACCAACAUUCCCGACAAGCGCAUUUGAAAACCUUUGGAAGAAGCACCGUAUGAACGCAAAUCGUGAAGCGGUAAACGGAACAGAUUCUAAAUUUGCCGAUGAUGAGAUGGAUGUAUACAACCUUGAUGAAGAUCAACUUUGGACGAGCUCAGAACUGGAAGAAAUGAGGCCGCGAAAAUCUUCUCAAACCAAGAAAUCUUCUAGCGGCUCGGAUAAGACCGAGACCAUAGAAGACGAACCUGAAACAGCCCCAAAGAAGAAAGAGCCUCGAGUUAAAGCCUCAGGGGCGACCUCAGGAGAAGAAAGCAGACCUGAUUUUUAUCAUGGUGUUGGACCUUACAAUGACGUUAAUCUUCCAGGAGUAUGGUUCUUCCGUAUACCACACAAGAAUGGUGAGAAGUAUCGUUGUGGAAACCCGCUGGCUAAAGACUACAUCAGCAAAAUGGAGGACGGAACACUGGUGUCCUCUGGAGACCACAGUGCUCACAAAACCCUGAUUAUUAACAAGAUGAUAUCCUCCUGGAGGAACGCACAGAAGAGAGUUAGAUCACAGCUGGCUGUCUGGUUUGACAAGGACGACCUACCCUCGGAAAUAACUGGAUCUGAAAAGUACAGCGCUGACAACAUGUAUGGCGCCAUCUUGCCUCGUGUGAUCACAGCAGGGACAGUAACAAGGAGAGCAGUUGAACCUACUUGGCUGACAGCCAGUAAUCCCAGAGAGGAUCGUGUUGGCUCAGAGCUGAAGGCCAUGGUGCGGGCUCCUCCAGGCUACUGUUUAGUAGGGGCUGAUGUAGACAGCCAGGAGCUCUGGAUUGCUGCUAUUUUAGGAGAUGCUCAUUUUGCGGGGAUUCAUGGUAGUACAGCGUUUGGCUGGAUGACAUUGCAGGGUAAGAAGUCAGAAGGUACAGACCUUCACAGCAAGACCGCUCACACUAUUGGAAUAAGUCGAGACCACGCGAAGAUUUUCAACUAUGGCCGUAUUUAUGGAGCGGGGCAGAAGUACGCAGAGAAACUGCUUCUACAGUUCAACCACCGCCUGACGGAGGGCGAAGCCAAGCAGAAAGCAGAAACGCUGUACGCUAACACCAAGGGAGUGGCCAAGUUUCUUCUGACCGAUUAUGGAAAAUCUGUGGCAGAAAAACAUGGCUUCUCUGAAGACAUCGACGAAAAUGGAUGCGUUUUUGCCAAAGUGUAUUACCAGUUGCUGAGGAAAACAUCGCGGAGAAAACGUUCUACCAACAGUAUCGACAGUGGCCGAAGGUGGUGUGGAGGAAGUGAGUCUGAGAUGUUUAAUAAGCUCGAGAGUAUUGCUCAAUCAGAGGAGCCGAGAACUCCUGUACUGGAUUGCAGGAUCAGCAGAUCACUGGAACCAUCAGCUGUGGGCAGUGAGUUCAUGACAAGUCGGGUUAACUGGGUUGUUCAGAGCUCUGCUGUGGACUAUCUACACCUCAUGCUAGUUUGCAUGAAGUGGCUUUUCACCAAGUACAAUAUUGACGGACGUUUUUGCAUCAGCAUACACGACGAGGUUCGCUACCUGGUGUCAAGCAAGGACAAGUACCGCGCGGCUCUGGCACUACAAAUUACCAAUCUCCUCACUAGGGCAAUGUUCGCGCACAAACUGGGAAUGAGCGACUUACCACAGUCCGUGGCAUUCUUCAGUGCUGUUGAUAUAGACACAGUGCUACGUAAAGAAGUGACGCUUGACUGUAAAACUCCAUCCAACCCACUGGGACUCCACAAGGGGCAAGGAAUAGCGCAAGGGGAAGCGUUAGACAUUUACGACAUCUUAAAACUUACUCAUAACGGCGUACUUGAGGAAGAUCCAGAAACAGAGAGGGACCAUAAGGCCCAGAAAGAAACAAUUCACGAUUCUUCAACAUAAAAAUACGUUUUUAGACCUUUACAAUUGUAUAAAGCUGUUGUACAAAGGAAGCACUUCUAGAUUAAGCCAGGAGAAGAGGUUAUCACUGAUUGGGUUACUGUUUGUUUGUUGAGUGGUCUGCCGAUUUGAUUAGUUCGCCUUUAAUCUUCGUUUCGUGUGAGCAUUUCAUUGCCAAGAGCUAUUGCUUUAUAACACUCGCCAUGACAGAGAGAGUUUAUAAAAUUGCCUUGCUUGGCAAUGAAGGAGUUGGGAAAACAGGUAAGGAGGUUUCAUUUACUGAAUUUAUAUUUGUGUUAAAGGGUCGAAGAAUGGGAAAUUUAAAACUGUCUUCUUAGAAAUCGGAACGUGUCAUUGUCUAACAAAGAUUUUUUGCUCCCAUUUGGAAUCACGUUUUCACUGUUUAUUGACAAGCGAUAGCGCUAGCGACUUAUAGCUUGCCCUUCUUAUAUACUGGUUCGUUUGUGUUGGGUCAUUUUAGUAUCUCGAUAUCCGUGUUUAAUACAAGAAACGAUUGUGUUCCACUUGUAGAAGAUCUAAGCUCGCAAGAGACUUCUCGAAUGAUUUGGCCUUGCCUUAUGCGUUCGCACUCGUUAAUUUCUCGCGAUUUGGCGGCGAUCGACCAGAGGCAGAAGAUUAUUUACUGAUUCUUAAUAUUGUCUAGGUUUGCUUUCAAAGCGCCAGAGACUGGGAAGAAGUUUGGUGAAAGUACGUCAGGUUGUUGUAAACUUGCAUCAUUCGCUUUACUUCUGUCUGUCUGGGAUAUGUUAGAUCAUCGAUCUCGAUAGAAAUGUAGGGGAUUUGACCUAGAAAGGCGCGUUUAUCAAGCUCGGUAGAAGACUACUUUAAUGUCCAAUAUGUACUAGAAAAUGCCAGUUUAUGUAUUUGUCAAACG